GGCUGGUAUUCGAGUACUCAAGACAUCCGGUUGUCAAGAAAGCCCAAAGCGAAAACGAAAGUAAACUAGGCUGGUAAACUGGCUUCUCCGGUCUUUCGCUGUCAGUUUUUAGAGACCACCCCUUGAUCUGGAACGUUUUCAUGAUUUUCAUAGUUUGUAUUUCAGUAUGGUAUACGAUUAUCGUAGGCCACGUAAGUGAGAGUCACUCAGCAGGACUCCAACCAGACCACAACCACAGACACCAGCAGACUGAAGUUGACGAAAAUUUGGGUCUUGUUGAGUUUAUCAACAACAAAGAUCAUUCCGAGACCCAGAAGAGUGGGUGCAAGUCGAGAAGAAGCUGCCACGGACAGUCUGUGUUUUCCUCCUUCUCUUACGGUUGUCUGGAUGACAAGAGAGACUACUGUGAUCCUUUGACAGAUCCUUCACUCUCAGGUGCAGAGUGUACCGGGGACAUGGCGAAAGAAACAGAUGACAAGUCGUCUUCAUCGACAGCUCUAGCGGUUGUGUUAUACGACGAGUCUAGAAUCCUUCCGCACGAGAAGCCCAGUAGGUCAUUCCAGCUGGCAGGGGAGGAGUUUGUGAUACAACAGAACUGGAUGGGUCAUGGAGUGGCUGCAGUUGUUUGGGACUCUGCUGUUGUGUUGGCGGAGUACAUGCAUACACAUCCGCAGCUGGUGCGAGGAAAAGGAGUCCUGGAACUGGGGGCUGGGACUGGGUUAGCUGGUUUGGUGGCUGCGUCUUUAGGAGCUGAAGUGGUCGUCACUGAGCGGGAGGAGGCUAUGAACCAUCUCUCGUCUACGGUGGAGAGCAACGCGAAAGGGAAGUCGUGGAAGAUCUCCGCCCAAGUGCUGGACUGGAGGUCAUCGUCGUACGAUUCGUCGGACGUGCUCCCGAACUGUGACGUCGUGCUGGGGGCUGACAUCAUUUACAUUGAGGACACGUUUCACGACUUGCUGAAGACUCUCAAGUCCGUGGCGGCGACGGCAGACACGCUGGUGUUACUUUCGUGCCGGAUACGCUACGAGAGGGAUGAGCGGUUUUUGAACAUGCUGCGGGAGUUUUUUGAUGUUCGGGAAGAAUUUUUCGAUGAAGAGAAACAGAUCAGGAUAUAUUCUGCUCGAAGAAAAGUGUGACUGUGUGUGUGUGUGUGAGUUUUGGGGGUUUGAAAAGUAUAUUAAAAGAUUAGCUCUAUUGCUUUUUUGUCA